UGACUAAACUAAUCCCUCCUCUUCAUCAAGACGCACAAGACUCUGAACCGAAGGAAAUUUUGGCCUUCCCAUAGAAGCUCAAUAUUCGGAUAUGUGUAAUGAUUUAUUUCACAUCAUGACACCGUAUUGAUUGGAUAUUUAGAAAGAUUGAGUUAUAAAGUCGAUAGAUUUGCUCAUAUGCUGCUGCGUUGGCGUCAAACAUGAGCAAAAAUCCACGCUUUCAAAGAAGAGAAUCGCCGUAAACGGAAUGAUCGGUUCUCACGUGAAGUCACCCUGAUUGUUUGUUUUCAAAAGAAGAUCCAAACGUAUCGACCCCGAAAAACAACAGCACCGAGAGUCCGAAGUGGAAAGAAACGCUGACAUUCACGAUAUCUGGAAAUACGGUGUCCUAAGCCAUGGGGGCCUUCUUGGACAAACCGAAGACGGAAAAACACAAUGCUCACGGGGCGGGUAACGGUCUGCAUUAUGGCCUGAGCAGCAUGCAGGGAUGGCGGGUCGAGAUGGAGGAUGCGCACACAGCUGUGGUGGGUCUUCCCCACAGCCUGGACGACUGGUCGUUCUUCGCCGUGUACGAUGGUCACGCCGGCUCCCGCGUGGCCAACUAUUGCUCCAAACACCUUUUGGAUCACAUCAUAACCAACAGUGAAGAUUUCCGUGCAGGCGCAGACUCCGUAGAGAGCGUUAAAAGCGGCAUUCGCUCUGGCUUCCUGAAGAUCGACGAGUAUAUGCGCAGUUUCGCCGACCUGCGCAACGGCUUGGACCGUAGCGGAUCCACCGCAGUCGGCGUGCUGGUGUCGCCCGAGCACCUCUACUUCAUGAACUGCGGCGACUCCCGCGCCGUGCUCAGUCGUGCCGGGCAGGUGCGCUUCUUUACUCAAGAUCACAAGCCUUGUAAUCCACGUGAAAAAGAGCGCAUUCAGAAUGCGGGAGGUUCUGUAAUGAUCCAAAGGGUGAAUGGUUCUCUGGCUGUGUCGCGGGCUCUGGGGGACUAUGACUACAAGUGCGUGGAUGGGAAGGGUCCCACCGAGCAGCUGGUAUCUCCGGAACCGGAUGUGUUUGAGAUCCCCCGCGUUUCAGAUGAGGAUGAGUUUGUGGUGCUCGCUUGCGAUGGCAUCUGGGAUGUGAUGAGCAACGAGGAGCUAUGUGAUUUUGUGCGCUCUCGAUUAGAGGUGUGGGAUGAUUUGGAGAAGGUCUGCAACUCUGUAGUGGACACUUGUUUACAUAAGGGAAGCCGUGACAACAUGAGUGUUGUUCUAGUUUGUUUCCCCAAUGCGCCAAAGGUAUCGGAGGAGGCUGUAAAGAGAGAGGCCGAGUUGGACAAGUCCCUGGAGGCUCGUGUGGAAGAAAUGAUGGAGAAGGCAGGGGAGGACGGCGUCCCGGAUCUAAGCCACAUCAUGCACAACCUCCGUCCCGAGACCAUCCCCAACUUGCCACCAGGAGGGGGUCUUGCUAGCAAACGUAGUGUAAUUGAGGCGGUUUACAACAGGUUAAACCCACAUAGAGAAGAAGAUGGGGACAACCAGGGAGGAGCAGCGGGCCAUGAGGAGGAAGAUGGGAGCACGGCUGCCGCCAACUUGCUGGAGGCGCUACGACAGUUCCGUCUCAGCCACAGAGGCGAAUACCGCCACGUGCUGGAGCAGGCGCUCUCCAGCUAUCGGCUGUCCUGCGGGACAGGCUCCGCGACACGCUCCGUCCCCCCGGAGGACCCUCCCUCUCCCCCACCAUCCCCAGCCGUUGAAGCCCUUAACUCUGAGGAGGGCCAGGAUGAAGCCACCACAUCACCGUCUUUAGACAAGCUCUCUGACGCCCCCACUGCAUGACCCUUUAGUACCAACUAACCCCUAACCCCUCAGAUAUCAAACCCCAAACCUGCUCUUCGGCCCAGGUUGCUAGGUUGGUCCAGUUUCAUUGCAGGUUUAUGAAUGUAUUAUCAUUUGUCUGUUGUGCCUAAGUGAGCUCAGCACACAGAAAAACUAGUCAGCCAUUUACUGGGCAUACAUUUAGGAUUAAUAUUAAUGAGAAAUUCUUAGCACUUAAAACCUGCUCUGAAACUGCAAGCGAGGUUAACCUUGGCAUAUCCCAGCUCUGUCUGCAUUAAGCACUUUUCUGUAUCUCUGCACUUAGCCCACCGUUUUUAUAUGGAGAAGAAUGAUCAGUUAAGGAUUUCUGAAUGUAAAAGUCUAAUACUUAAACAUUUAAAAGAAAAAAGACUUGAUAACAAAGUGGACAAUCUGGGCUGUGCCAAGGAUGCAUAUGUCUGUUUGCUCUAGUGCCACCAUGCUAUGCAUGUGUACUCUGCAUUCUGGGUUGGUCUUGUGGUUGGUUUUGGUUCUAGGAUAAUAGCAAGUGCUGUAGAAAACAUCAGGUACAGCUUGUAUUGUUUUCUUAAAUAUGGAGUUUGAGAUGUGUGUAUCAAACAUGUGAAAUAAUAAUCUCCUUCUCUUUCCUUCUGUCUCUUCAUCUCUAUUCUCACUGGCCUAUAAUUUGGACUGCACUCUCACAUAUGAUUGUAGUUUGUAUGCUCUUUGAGUGUUAACUCCACUAUCCAGGUGUCUCUUUAAGGUAUAAGCACAAAUGGAAAAGCACUGACUCUAUAAGCAUGGGCCAUAUGAGAUUAUGAUGGCUCAAUCAAUACUAUUUACCUCAUCUUUUGUUCUUGCUGUAUUCUCUUUAGCUGUAAAUCAUUUCUCUUGCACUAUUCCAAUCAGCAAAUGAUUAUACAUUUGAAAUGUAAAAGUACAUGCAUAAUGAAUUACCUUCAGGGGAACGUAUUGUCAUCUACACAAUAGGUAAUUCUGCAACGUGGUUUAUCUUGAAUGUCUGUACUUCUGCAGCAUUUGCACAGAGCUCUUGUAAAGCAAGCAAAAAUUUGUCUACAUGAAUUGUGUCAUCUGACUGUUUAUUAGUGAAGUUGUGUUUUCUUAGACUUACUGAUCAUAGUAAACAAUGUCAAGCUGAUUACUUUGACUUUAUUUCAAAGUCAAUGCAAAUUCUGUAAUCCUCUUAACAGGUGACAUAAGUGUGUGCAUAAAGCUGCCAUUGUUGUAUUAAACUCAGUGUUAUGAAUAUAAAACCUCAGUGCGGAGUUGAAGAUCUGAGCUUUGUUGUUUGCAGGUUUAUUUGUUCCCCGAGUUCUGAGAUUUUUUUUCUGGGCAAAAGAUUUAUAUUUAUUUUGUUUUUCAUGCUGCAAAAUAAAUCAAGUUCAACUAUU